UGGCCGGAAGAUUGAUUCUGUUUCCACUAAAACAAGUGCUCGCUCCGUAAAUAGCCAAUAAAAGUGGAGCUAAGUGCUGCCAGGGGUUUCUUCUAAAAGAUAAAGCAUCUUACGUGUUUGAUACGUUCAUUUAGUUGUCUAAUGAUCGUCUCCGGUGAAUCACGGUCGAGUAAUAGCAGGGAAAAUGCCAAUACUUUUCCACAAAUUAGCGGCUGUUCCAGCCGUUAAUGGCACGCUGUUUGACCUUGCAGCGAUAACGGAACGGCAGAGCAAGUUACUUACUACAACAAGAUCAACACGAGGCUUGAACCACUUUUGAGGCGCAUCGAAAGAGAAACUUUCGUCUGAAAAUGGCUCCACUCAGUGCCCGCAUCGGUCCUUCGAUUCUGAACGCCGACCUUUCGCAACUGCACGAGGAAUCGCAAAAGCUGCUCGCGAAUGGGGCGGACUAUCUGCAUCUGGACGUAAUGGACGGUACGUUUGUGCCGAACCUCACCUUUGGCCAUCCCGUAGUCAAGUGUUUGCGGAACAAAAUCAAGGAUGCAUUUUUCGAAACCCACAUGAUGGUGCAGAACCCGCAGCAGUGGAUCGAACCGAUGGCCGAUGCCGGCGUGCAGCAGUACACGUUCCACAUCGAACCGGUCCUCGACACGGUGCCGGACGUCUGUAGGGCGGUGCGCGAGGCUGGCAUGAAGGUUGGGCUAGCCAUCAAACCGGGCACGGCAGUGGAAAUGGUGCAGCAGUACAUCGACGCCGCGGACAUGGUGCUGGUGAUGACGGUCGAGCCCGGAUUCGGAGGACAAAAGUUUAUGGCCGAUAUGAUGCCGAAGGUUCAGUGGUUAAGAGAGCAUUACCCUGCGCUAGACAUCGAGGUAGACGGAGGUGUUGGGCUCGGCACGAUCGAGCAGUGUUCGAAGGCGGGUGCUAACAUGAUCGUUGCUGGUACUGCGAUCAUUCGGGCCGACGAUCAGGCGGCCGUCAUACGAGAUCUGAGAAAGUCAGUGCAGAGUGCUAUCAGCAGUGGUGCACAGUCUUGAAAGGAAAGGGAAAAUAUAAGCAAAAGCGGGGUUCGUA